CCCUUCUCCCUUGUAAGCUUCAGCAGUUGCCUCUCAUCAACCGCCUCCUCCUUCUUCUUCCUCAAUCCACCAAUCAAGAGCACGCCAACUGCUGCUUUCUUUCUUUACAAUAUAAAUCUUUUUUUUUUUUUGUUAGCUUACUGUAGUACAUAUAUUAUUUUGCAUCGGUCGGCUGACCAUCAUAGAUAUAUAUAUGGCGGCGACGGCGGCGGCGGCCGGAAGAGAUGACGCGGCUAAAGUAGUACAAGGGAAUCCAUCAUCCAUAUCCUGCCUUCCUUCUCAUCAUCAUAUAGUUCUUCAGCGCCCCGCGGUGGGCUGCUGGGAGGACAUCUACUGUCAAUCCAAGAGAGUCGGGAAGCAAGCAGAGCAGAAGAAGCGAAGCUGCGGCAGCAGCAGGAAUCAGCCGCAGCAGCAACAGCAAUAUAAUAGUAAUAUGAAUCCACUGAUGCAGUUGCAGUUGCAGUUGCGCCCAAAAUCUGGGCACAGGCCAAGACACCCCAGCUGGGCGGGUUCUGAAGGGAUGCGAGCCAUUUUCCUCGACUCUAGCCACAAGCCGUGCACCGGCACCGGCGUCUUCCUCCCACGCAACGCCGGUGACCCGGACUCCCUACCCAUCACCCACUCAUCAGCUUGCUCACCUGUUCUCCUCCCAGCACGAGUUGUUCAAGCCCUAAACCUCAAUGUCAAUGACAUUGCCCUGCAAGUCACCCGCCGUCAUCAACUAGAAGCCAAAGGUAGCUCCAAACCUGGACGCGUCAACAAUACUGCUGCUGCUGCUGUGAGGCAUAAUCAUUCGAGUAUAGUUGAGCCACAGCAAAAUGAGAAUGCUUCGCCAGAGAUAUUUCUGCCUAAAGAAUGGACAUACUAGUUUGGAAUGCAGUAAACAGAUUGAUUCAUUGUUAUUCAUGGCUGUCAUAAAAGAGAAAAAUGCACGGAAAAGCUCUAUUGUUGAUUUGUUGUCAUAAUCUCCAGUUUGUGGUGCUGUAGUUAUUUGUAUUUCACUAUUUCUUGUUUGUAUUUCACAAUAAUUGCUGCAAUAAAUGAAACUUCUUAGAAGGGGAAAUGAAAGAAACAAGAAUAG